GCCUCUUGCCGUCUUGCAUAUCACAGGUCGACGAUGCUGAAGACUUUGAAACGCAGUCAGUUUAUCAAUUGGAUGCACAAGUCUACUGUCCCUGCCGUUCACUCACCACCCCUGCAGUGCCUAACGCCGGCGUGCUAGCCGUUGGAGCAUCACCUUUUUCUCAACUCGUUCAGGGUUCCGAUGGAAAGGACCUGAGGCAACCUGUUUUGAGCACGCGCGGUGGACAGUCUUGACAUCUUUCUCUUCCUGCUGUUUUCUCACUAUACCCGACUUCCGACCAUCUUCUGUGUCGAGUUACUACCCUUAAGCUAAACCUCGUCACCGAAACCUGCCUUGCCUACAACCGACAUCCAUCACGAAUCUUAUUCCAGCAAGGAACAUCACUUUUGCAAGAUCGGCCAACAUGAAGCUGCCGAAGGUGCCGACUAUCUACAAUGUCCACCUGGUGGCCAUCAUCGCGACCCUGGGUGGCAUGCUGUUCGGCUUUGACAUCUCGUCCAUGUCUGCGAUUGUGGUGACCAGCCAGUACAUCGACUACUUCAACAACCCGGCCGGCGUGAUCCAGGGCGCCAUCGGCUCUGCUCUGGCUGCGGGCUCGGUCGUCGGCUCGGUCGUCGCCGGGCCGCUGUCCGACAAGAUGGGCCGUCGCGACUCGAUCCUGUUCGCCUGCCUCUUCUGGCUGAUCGGCACUGCCGUCCAAGUGUCCUGCCAGAACUACGGCCAGCUCAUCGCCGGCCGCGUACUCAACGGCUUCACCGUCGGCAUCACCUCGUCGCAGGUGCCCGUCUACCUCGCCGAGAUCGCCAAGGCCGACAAGCGCGGCUCGAUCGUCAUCAUCCAGCAGCUCGCCAUCGAGGUCGGCAUCCUGAUCAUGUACUUCAUCGGCUACGGCUGCGCGUCCAUCGACGGCCCGGCUUCGUUCCGCACCGCCUGGGGCACCCAGUUCAUCCCCUGCGUCUUCCUCAUGCUCGGCCUGCCCUUCCUGCCGCGCUCGCCCCGCUGGCUCGCCAAAGUCGGCCGCGACCAGGAGGCGAUCCAGGUGCUGGCCAACAUCCAGGCCAACGGCGACGUCAACGACCCGCUGGUGAUCGCCGAGUGGGAGGAGAUCCAGACCGUGAUGCACGCUGAGCUCGAGGCCGGCCGCGGCUGGAGGAAGUUCUUCAAGAAUGGCAUGUGGAAGCGGACGCUGGCCGGCAUGUCGGUCCAGGCUUGGCAGCAACUGGCCGGCGCCAACGUCAUCGUCUACUACCUCACUUACAUCGCUAGCAUGGCCGGGCUGACCGGCAACGUCGCCAUGGUCACCUCGGGCAUUCAGUAUGCCGUCUUCAUCGUCUUCACCGGCAUCAUGUGGCUGUUCAUCGACCAGACAGGCCGGCGCUCGCUGCUCAUCUUUGGCGCGCUCGGCAUGGGCUUCUGCCACUUCGUCGUCGGCGGCGUCAUGGGCGCGCACAGCACCUACGUGCCGGGCGGGGUGGGCGACCCGCCCAACGCCAACAUCGUCAUCUCGGUCCACAAGGGCGCGCCGGCCAACACGGUCAUCACCUUCUCGUACCUGCUGAUCGUGGUGUACGCGCUGACGCUGGCGCCCGGGUGCUGGAUCUACGCGGCCGAGGUGUGGUCGCUGGGCACGCGCGCGACGGGCAUGUCGCUGGCCGCGCUGAGCAACUGGCUGUUCAACUUCGCGCUCGGCAUGUUCACGCCGCCGGCAUUCGUCAACAUCACGUGGAAGAUCUUCAUCGUCUUCGGCGUCCUCUGCGUCGCCGCCGCGGGCUGGUUCUUCGUGACCUACCCGGAGACGUGCGGCAAGACGCUCGAGGAGGUCGAGCUCAUGUUCUCUCCCGACGGGCCGUACCCCUGGAACACCCGCAAGGGCGACUCGCGCCUGGCCGCCGAGGUCGAGGCCGUGGCGGCGCGCAAGCGCAAGGACGAGGCCGAGCCGCCCGCCGUUGGCGAGGUCGAGAAGGUCUAG